AUGUUGCUAGCUGAAGGAAAUCAGACUUCUGCAGUCACCUUCACCCUCUUGGGCUUCUCAGAAUAUCCGGACCUCCAGGUGCCCCUGUUCCUGGUAUUCCUGACCAUCUACACAGUCACCGUGCUGGGGAAUCUGAGCAUGAUUCUGAUCAUCAGAAUCAACCCCAAACUCAAAACUCCCAUGUACUUUUUUCUCAGCCACUUGUCCUUUAUUGAUUUCUGUUAUUCCACCACAGUCACACCCAAACUGUUGGAGAACUUGGUUCUGGAAGACAGAACCAUCUCCUUUACAGGAUGCAUCAUGCAAUUUUUCUUUGCUUGCUUAUUUGCAGUGACAGAAGCAUUCAUGUUGACCAUGAUGGCUUAUGAUAGAUACGUAGCAGUUUGUAAACCUCCUUACACAGUCAUCAUGUCCCCAAAGCUCUGUGCUUUGUUGGUGGCUGGGCCCUACACAUGGGGUAUAGUCUGUUCCCUGAUACCCACUUAUUUUCUUUUGAAAUUAUCCUUCUGUGGGUCUAGCAUCAUCAAUAAUUUUCUCUGUGAGUAUUCUGCCAUCGUCUCUGUCUCCUGCUCUGAUCCCUACAUCGGCCAAAUGUUCUCUUCUGUCAUCGCCAUAGUCAAUGAGGUGAGCUCCUUGGUAAUCAUUCUCGCUACUUAUUCUUUCAUCUUUGUCAAUCUCAUAAAAAUGCAGUCUGCUGGCAGGAAGCAAAAAGCUUUCUCUACCUGUGCCUCCCACCUGACUUCCAUCACAAUUUUCCAUGGGACUAUCAUGUUCCUUUAUUGUGUACCCAACUCCAAACAUUCAUGGCUGAUGAUCAAACUAGGUUCUGUGUUUUAUAUAGUCGUCAUCCCCAUGCUGAAUCCUUUAAUCUAUAGCCUAAGGAAUAAAGAUGUAAAAGACAGUUUUAGGAAGUUAGUGAAUCAUGCAACAUCAUUGUAUUGA